AUGAAGAUCUCCCUGGGAUGUGAGAAAUCUAAUCCUGUAAUAAUCAUGAUUGUGAAACAGAAUGGUAUUGUUAGUGGAAUAGAUCCUGAUUUAGUUAUUUUCUUCGAUAUUGAAUCUGAAUGUAAGAAGAUUGUUGGAUUUGUGUGUUAUAGAGAUGUUAUGUACUAUGUUACACUUGGAUUUCUUGAUGCUAAUGAGGUUAAUUAUGACAAAGAAAGAAAUGAGGUUUACUAUCCUAAAGAAGAGGAGGUUGAGGUUGAGAGAGUCACCGAUGAGUUCUCUAAUGAUGAGGAUUUUUUUGACAUUCAAGUAGUGAAGCCUUCAAGGAAGAGACAUGUUGGAAAUGAUGAGCUUGCACGAGUUGGAUAUUUACAUCAAGGAGCUAAUACAUAUGAUAAAGUUGUAAAAGAUGAACCUUCACAAGAAAGAUCUAUUGCAAAUCACCACAAGUCAUAG